AUGCGGGGGAGGCCGGCGCUGCGGUCGGCGCUGCGGUCGGCGGGGCCGGUGGCCCUGGGACUUUCCCUGGGCUUCACCCUCAGCCUGCUCAGCCUCAGCUGGGUGGAGGAGCCCUGCGAGCCCGGGACCCCCGGGACCCCGGGAUCCCUCCCCAGCACGAGACCCCCUCCCCAGCCCGGGCCCCCCGGGACCCGCUGCGUCAGCACGGAGCUGGGCACGCGGCAGCGGCCGCCGGUGGCCGUGCUGACCUCCCCGUCCGCCCUGCCGUCCCUGGGCCCCGGCCCGCCCGGCCCGGACGCCUCGGCCCGGCCGCCGUCGACCGCCUCUACCUGGGCCGGCCCCGGGCCUUUCGCCGGAGAGGAGGGGGACGGGGCCGAGGCCGCCGGGCGCUACUUGCCGAGGGGGCGCGGGGACCCUGCUGUCCGGAGCCUCCUUCGCCGGCUGCAGCCGCACCUGCGGGGCUGUCGCGACCGCAUCGUGGACGCCGGGCCCUGGCCGUCACCGGGGCCGGCUGCGUCGGAAGCCACGGGGUACGGGGGCCGGGGCCUUGGCCGUCCUCACGCCUCCCGACCCCUGACCCCAGGGGACCCGCUAGGGUCCUGGGAGCUGGGAGUCCCCGCCCGGGAGCCAGAGCGGGAGGAGCGGGCUGAGGGUGGGGAUCUCGGGGGGUCUCACAGCUCCUGCCCUCCUACCCCAAGUGGGUGCGCUAUGGUUCCCUGGAGCCGGGGGUUGACCCGGAGACAGAGGAGGCCGAGGGGGGUGCGCUACGACUCCCUGGAGCUGGGGGUCCCCGGGGAGCCGGAGCCGGAGGAGGGGGACCCCCGCUUGGAGAGCGCGCUGACCGCCCACCCCGUGCGAGACCCCGUGCAGAUGUACCGGCUCCACCGGGCCUUCGCCCGCGCCGAGCUUGGGCCCGCACUACGGGAGAUCCGGGACUUACCGCGGGAGAUAGAGAACAUCGGCGCCCUGGCAGCGGAGCAGGCCUCGUCCUGGCCCGUGGGCUUCCCGGCCCCCCUCGCGCCCGGCCUUGCGCCGCUUCGACGUCCUGCCUGGGACUACUUCACCGAGCGGCACGUGUUCUCCUGCGCCGGACGGCGCGCCCUCGCUGCCCCGCUGCGGGGGCGGAUCCGGGGCCGCCGUGCCGGCCGCCGCCCGGGAAGAGCUGGCCCGCCCCGGCCCCGCCUGCUCAACGGCUACCGGCGCUUCGACCGCGGCCCGCGGCAACGGACAACACGCUGGGACCUGCUGCUGGAGGCCACCCCGCGGGCGGGCCGCCGGCCCCCGGCCCGACGCGUGCGGCUGCUGCGUCCGCUGGGCCGCGUGGAGCUCCUGCCGGCCCCCCGGCCCCAGCGGGCCGCGCCCCUCUCCGUUCUGCCGCCGGCCGAGCUCCACCCGGCCCCGGCCUUCCUGGAGGCCUUCGCGGCCGCGGCGGCGUCGGAGCCGGGCCUCGGGCCCGGGGCCUCCCUGACCCUCCUGCUCCUCUACCCGUCGGCCCGGGGCGGCGAGGACGUCUUCGCCCCGGUCGAGGCCCGGGCGGCCGAGCUGGAGGGCCGCCUCCCGGGGGUGCGCGUCCCCCGGAUGGGCCUCGCGCGAGGCCUCCCCGCCCCGUUGCUCCCGCUGGACCCGCCGUCCCGGGAGCGCCCGCCGGACAUGCUCUUCCUGCUGGCCGGCCCCACGGCCCUGAGCCCCGACUUCCUGCGGCGCUGCCGGCUGCACGCCGUCCCGGGCGGCCAGGCCUUCUUCCCCGUCCACUUCCGGGCCUUCCAGCCGGCCGUGGCUCCCCCCUCGGGGCCGCCCGGGGCGCCCCCGGAGCUGAGCCCGACGGCGGGCCGCGUCGACCGGGAGGCGGCCGGCGAGGCCCGCUUCUACAACUCCGACUACGCGGCCGCCCGGGGCCGGCUGGCGGCCGAUCCCGGGGAGGGGGAGCCGCUGGACCGGCUGGACCGGCUGGACCUCGACGAGCUCUUCCUGCGCUUCUCGGGGCCGCACGUGCUGCGGGCCGCCGAGCCCGCCCUGCGCCAGCCGUACCGGCCCACCGACGGCUACCGCCGCUGCCGUCGGGGAGCCCUCCGGGGCCUCGGCUCCCGCCCGCAGCUGGCCGCGCUGCUGUUCGAGGGGGAGCGCCGAGGCGGCGCCUGA